GUCCAGCCAAGUUCUCAGAGGUCUUCUCAUCAUCAUAUAUACUCAAGGAAGAGAGUACAAUUGUUGAUCAGAGAUGGGACGAGCUCCAUGCUGCGACAAGUUUAAUGUGAAGAGAGGGCGGUGGUCGCCAGAGGAAGAUGCGAAGCUCAAGGAGUACAUCGACAAAUAUGGUACUGGCGGGAACUGGAUUGCUCUCCCUCAUAAAGCCGGACUCAAGAGGUGUGGGAAGAGUUGCAGGCUUCGAUGGCUCAACUAUCUCCGGCCUAACAUCAAGCAUGGUGAAUUCUCAGAAGAGGAGGACGGGAUAAUAUGUGCCCUCUAUGCUAGCAUCAGAAGCAAGUGGUCGAUAAUAGCCGCUCAACUGCCAGGGCGAACGGACAAUGAUAUAAAGAACUACUGGAACACGAAGCUGAAGAAGAAGCUGAUCGGAACCUUGAAUAUAUCUCGACCACAUGAACAAAAGAUGGUGCAGCCAACACUACCAUUGCAAUCACUAUCCUUAUCAUCUGUUUGUCACAGUCUCAGUUCAUUGAUGCAAAUGAACUCCUCGACUUGGUAUAGUAAUUGUAACAGUAACCACCAUUUGAAUGACGCCAAGUCGUCUCCCACAGCCCUUGACUUCUUCUCCUUCCCUCCAAGCCUUGCAAACGUUGGACCAAAUACUCGACUAUCCGCAACAGAGAAUCCCCCACUCUUCCAAACCCAUGAUGGACUGAACUCGAUGAACUUCCUCGAGUUUGGAAGUGAAAGUGAGUUGCAGCUCCUCCGAGCAUAGCUGCAGAGAGCUCAAGCAAGAAGAGAUGGGAGGUUUCUGAGAUAUUCUCUGCACCAAUGUUCAAGAGAAUGGUUCUCAUAAGGCUGGUGCAGGCUCCAUAUAUAGAGCAGAUUAUGUAAGUAAUGACAUUUACGGGCAUGGUUUGGAUUUGGAGGAGAGAUUUAAAAAUGUGAUCGUGACAAUAGGAAAUUGUAUUAGCAGCAAUGGUUCUUUCAGUAGUCAGUAAGACACAACUGAUGUAGUAACACUAGCAAAUUUAGUUCAAAUCAUCCGAUCUUAAUUCUGUUACGAUUUGGAGACAUGAACAACUUCCCAGCAUGAAUAACGUAUUUCGGUCGCCUGAGUAACUACAUUGUCAUCUAAUCUUUGAACACGAAGGGAUGUCUAAUGUAGCUCCGCAUAUAUUUUCCAUAGAAAACUCGUAUACAUGAUCA